CGCAUUACUAUCCACAAAAAAUGUUCGCUAAAAUCCUAGCUCUUGGAGCAGUGGCGGCCGUAGCCCAGGCCGGCAUCAUUGGCCAUAGCGGAUACGGGAUAUCCUCGCAGCACAAUGUGGUCCACCACGACACCUACUCCCAUUCUGCACCACUGUUACACACCGCUGCCAUCGCCCAUGCUGCCCCCGUCGCCUACGCUCAUGCUGCGCCUGUUUCCUACGCCUCGGCUGGCCACUAUGGUGGUUACUCCAGCGGCCAUAAUGAAGGCCAUGACUACUAUGCUCAUCCCAAAUACCAAUACUCAUACUCCGUAGAGGACCCCCACACUGGUGACCACAAGUCCCAGCACGAGCACCGUGACGGCGAUGUCGUGAAGGGAGAAUACUCCCUGCUGCAGCCUGAUGGCUCUUUCAGGAAAGUCACCUACACUGCUGACGACCACCAUGGUUUCAACGCUGUGGUUCACAAUUCUGGUCCCAGCCAUCAUGUCUACUCCUCACAGUCCCACCACUACUAAGAUCUCUAACUGUUUCGCUUAAGCUUGUACAAAUGUUACUCGUAUUUAUUCUGUGAUCUUGUACUUUUAACUUUAUGAAAAAGUCAUUAAAAUUAGUACA